AUGAUGUCCAUUAAUAAGCAGACGUCUUUCAUCGCCUGUCCAAACAGAAGGAUAUCCUCCUCCUCCUCUGAGACCAGACUGGUUUUGCUGGGGAAGACUGGCAGCGGAAAGAGCUCCACUGCCAAUUCCAUCUUGGGUCGUAAGGUCUUUGACACAAGAGUCAGCAGCUCCUCUGUCACCCAACGGUGUCGCAGGGCCUGUGGAGAAUUUCGUGGCCGACAUCUCACAGUCCUGGACACGCCGGGGCUCCUGGACACCCACCAGACCCCACAGGAGGUACAAAGGGAGUUGAGAAGGAGUGUAAGCCUCCUUUACCCUGGGCCUCAUGCAUUUCUUCUAGUUAUUCAGAUUGGGAGAUUCACCCAGGAAGAAAAGGAGGUCAUACAGCAGAUCAAAAAGGCAAUGGGCUCACAUGCUUUGAGUUUCUCAGUGAUGGUUUUUACCCACGGUGAUGUUCUGGAGGAAGGGGCGUCUGUGAAGCAAUGGCUGAUAGAUGAGUGUUCAGAUCUGGCAGAGCUGGUGGCUGCAUGUGGAGGCAGGUACUGUGUCUUCAACAACCACAACUCCAAGAACAAAGAGCAGGUUUGUGAGCUGCUGGCUGAAGUGGACAGCAUGAUGCAAGGCAACGGAGGAAGAUUCUACACCCUCCAGAUGCUCCAGAGAGCUGAAGAGGAUAUGGGUCUGGAGCUGCACAAGGAGAGGAGGCUAGUGAAUGAGAGGGAGGAGAUGCUAAUAAAGAUACAGGAGGCAAAAUUAAAGUGUGGUAUGAAAGAGAACCGGAGAUGGUUCAGCAAAAAAACAAGAAAGAGAUUGAAGACCUAA